AUGCCCUUCUUAUCCUACAGGCACGCCGCCCAGCUGCGACAGGAACUCAAGGAUACACGUGCGACGGUCGUCACCCCCGAGAAGGAAGACUUCCCUGAGCUUAUCCGGCGGUGGAGCGAUACCUGCGAGAAAGAAGCUGGUGCGGUCGUGAUGGUCACCUCGUCCCACGAGGUCGCGCUCGUCGUCGCCUUCGCGAACCGCCACUACAUCCCAAUUGCGGUCCAGGGCGGCGGCUAUAGCACAAGCGGUGCGUCCUCAACCCACGGAGGAAUCGUCAUCAACCUAUCCGCGAUGCACAAUGUAUUGGUCGAUCCAGCGUCGGCAACGAUAGCUGUCCAGGGAGGUGCAACCUGGGGAGAGGUCGACCAGGCGGCCGAGCGCGAGGGGCUAGCCGUUGUCGGCUGCACAACGAGCGCUGCGGGGGUCGGAGGCACGACACUGAGCGGCGGCUUCGGCUGGCUCACCGGGCGCCACGGUCUGGUCAUCGACAACCUGGUCAGUGUUAAGAUGGUGUUGGCUGACGGCCGCGUCGUGACUGCAUCCGAGGCCGAGCAUCCGGACCUCUUCUGGGCGGUACGGGGUGCCGGCCAGAGCUUUGGUGUGGCCACUGAGUUCGUCCUGCUCGCGCACCGCCAACGCUCACCCAUCUUCGGCGGCCUGCUUUACUUUCCCGCUGACCGGCUGGCUGCCGUGAUCGAGUUUGCGAACCAGUUCGAUGAGCGGGCAACGGGCGACGAGGGUUUAUUUUUCGGUUUCACCACGCGGCCGCCCGACCUGCUGUCAACGGUAAUUGUCGCUUUGCUGUUUUACAACGGUCCGCGCGUCGCUGCCGAGGCCUUCUUUGCGCCGCUGCUGGCCCUGGGCCCGAUCCAGAACGAGACGUGCGAGAUGCCGUACCCGAGGAUGAACACCAUUCUUGGCCCGCUGGCCGCCAGCGGAGCCCGCAAGCGCCUGAGCGGCACAACGGUCAGGCUGCCACUCGAUCCCCAGAUCGUGCAUGAGGUCUACGAAGAUUUUGACCGGAUCAUGCGAUCCUACCCGCGCGUCGAAGGCAGCGUGGUGGUCUUUGAGUUGCUGCCGUACGCGCGCGUAAGCCAAGUGCCACUCGACGCGACGGCGUGUGCUAACCGGGGUCCAUACCACAACGUGGCGACGAUCCUCCGUUGGCAUGACCCGGAACUGGACGCCAAGAUGGCAAAUUUGGAGCGUGCACUGCUGCGCAAGAUCCGAGAGCGCGGCGGAGUCGCCAGCAUCGCGGGACACGGGGUGGGCAUCUAUGCUAACUACGCUGGACACGAAGCUAAUGCCCAAGAACUGUUUGGAGACAAUCUGCCGCGCCUACAGAAGCUGAAGAAGCAGUACGAUCCGAAAAACAUGUUUCGAAAGUGGCACAACCUCCUCACUCACUCCCACGAGCCCACGGUGAUCUGUUGA